GAUCGGCAAAUGUGAAUUUUUUUUGCGAUAUUCUCGUAGCAUGUCAGGCAGAGGAAUCAGCCUAGCAUGCUGUAUUUCGCUGUAUUGCUGUUUUAAUGAUCAAAUUAACUCAAAAGUUUUGAAUUCGGUCAUGUUUCAAAUGGCUAAAGCUAGUAAUUAUAUGCUUGCAAUUCGAAUUCAUGGUUUUUCAUUGUGUUGCCAAUGCAGUGAGUUUAGCCAGCGACUCACUGCCACCAUCGGAGAAGAGAGAGGCUGUAAAGAGUAAAGACCACCGACAAGACACAGGCAAUGGGGAGUCUCCUUUUGAUUGUCAUAUUCCGCGGUUGUUCACUGCGUAGCAAAUGCAGCGAGCGAGUAGUGAGCGACGAGCCGACAACUAUGGCAUCUCAAUAGACCUCGUUCUUCUUGGCGGCGGAUGCCGACAUCGGCGUCAGACGUCUACGAGAUGAGCUCCUCGCCGCGGCCAGAGCCCGACCACCACAGGCUCCUGGCCACCCUAGCUCGCCACGGCCGCCUCGCCGCCGCGGCGACCCUCUUCUCCUCCGCCGUCCGCACCACCCGCGCGCUCAACACCAUCCUGGCCGCCCUCUGCUCCUCCCCGGCCCUCGUCUGCGUCGCCCCCUCCGUGCUCCUCCUCGCCGCGCCCACCGCCGCGCCCGACGCCGCCACCUUCCGCGUGCUCGCUUCCGCGCUCUGCCGCGCCCGCCGCCCCUCCGCCGCCGCCGACCUCCUCCGCCUCAUGCCUCCCCUCCUCCUCGACCCGGACUACCCCCUCUGCGCCGCCGUCCUCUCCUCCCUCUGCGCCCACGCCCCGGCCACCCACGCCGCCGCCUUCCUUCACGACAUGAGCCGCUGGGGCCUCCUCGUCCCCUCCCCCUCCUCCGGCUCCGGGCACCACCACCGCGCCGUCCUCCGCGCGCUCCUCCGCGACGGGCUCCCCGCGGAGGCCUACGAGGUCCUGACGGAGGCGAUGGCCUCCGACGGGGUCGCCCCGAGGCCCGCCGACUUCGAGCUCCUCCUCCGCGUCUUCGCCGACGCCGGGGACUUCGCCGCCGUCGACCAGGCGUUCGACGAAAUGCUCCUGCGCGGGAUCGUGCCGGACACGCCCGUCUACGCCGCCUACCUCGCCGCGCUCUGCGGGCGGGGCGACCUGCCCGGCGCGCGCCGGAUGCUGGGCUGCAUGGCGCGCGCCGGAUGCCCGCCGGACGCCAGGGCGUUCGGCGUCGUGGUCGCCGGGUGCGCGCGCGCCGGGGACCACGCCGCGGCGGGGGAGGUGGCGCGGGAGGCCGUGCGGCGGGGGCUCAGGUGGGACGCGCCGGCGCUGGCGGAGCUCGUCGGCGAGCUCCGCGCGUCCGGCCACCUCGCGGCCGCGCAGGGCACGCUGCUGGACUUGUUCCUGGACGGCGGGUGCGCCGGCGUGGACGCCUCGGCGUUCGGGCGGAUGAUUUGUGCCAGCGAGGAGGACUGCGCUCCCUCGCCGAGCCUUGUAGGGAUCGCGCCGGCGGUUAGCCGCCGGUGAUGCUUUCUCUCAAUGACAGGUGAUGCCCCAUC